AUGUCGAAUCACUUCCAUGACACCGCAAAGUCGGGCUGUGGAACAGGAACCAAUGAGUUGUAUGACCGUAUCCGCCCUUCUUACCAAGCACCGGCAUCGUCUUUCAUUCGCGCGUCGCACGCCAUGAAUAUCGUGGAUCGAAGAAUUGGCGUUGGAACUGGCAUCUUCACCAGAGCCCUUCUGGCUCAACCUGAAUGGGAUUCCCCUGUCAAAGAGAUUCGAGCCAUAGAACCUAGUGAAGGCACGAGAAGCAUGUUCUCGAAAGUCGUGAACGAUGAACGCAUAAGCAUAAACCAAGGCACUUUUGACGCCACGGGAAUCGAGAGUGGCAGAUCUCACAGUCGUUGCACAGCCGCCGAGUUCGACCGCAUACUCAAACCGAAAAUCUGGAGGACAUCACAAGUAGUACAGGUAGGCAUCCACCGUUGGGAUCAAGCAGCGUGGGUAGCGCAAGUCCGCGAGAGGCUCGAACGUCACGAAGAAGGCACCCCUCAAUUUCGUCUUGGUCUCUUACCAAGAGGCAUUUCGGACGCCUCAUGA